CCGUCUUCAUAUGCAUGGGACGAGUGGCAAGCUGCAGAAAUGAAAUCCUCGAACUCCUCAGAAUCUCGUCGACUCCUUGAUUUUGUUCCGUCACUUAGACCAUCGUUCCUUUCUGUUGUAUUAGUUUUUGUCUGCGGAUGUCUCUGGGUGAAGAAUGAAACAACAAAUGAACGAUUGAUUGGGCUGGAAUCUCGCGUUAACCUUUUCCCCUGCGUUCAGAGUGUCUCGGCUGAAAAUACCGACAGGAUGUCUCUUUUACCGACAAAAGCCACAGCAAGAGAUCUUUGUAAGAAAGUUCAGACACAUAUUUCAGAAAGGAUUGGUCAUACAUCAGGUGAAAUCAUCGUUUCAGAUGUUAUUUAGAUGCAGAUAGAUGUUUAGAGCUGAGUUUAUCCUCUUUUGAUUUAGGCAUAUAAUCUUUCAUAGUGCGAGUUUGCGCUUGCAUACGGGAUGUUUGCAUAUUUCAUGACAGAAUUGAAUUUUAACUUCAACUAACAAUGUAUGAACCCUUUUGUAAUACUCUCACUCUUUUGUAACACUGCUUAGAUAUUCAUUAAGCCACCUGUACUGUAAAACCAGUAAAGAAAUUUACUGUGUAAAUGGUGUUGAAUUCAUGGCUUAAGUGCCGAAGGACUUGCUAACCUACAAGAUACGGCCAUAAAGCUUCAUAGAACAAACAAUUAUCCCUUAUUACUGUGUACACCAUAUAGAAUGGUAGAGGAAGCUCCCUGAGCAUUUAGGGUGUGCUUGCAGAAUGUACAAGACAAUUUUCCAUAAGAGCUUGUUUAGGGUUGAACACCGCAUAUGGCGUUACAAAAGGCAAUAGUGCAUAGCAUUUUUUUCUGCGUUUAUCUGUUUGUUGUAGAGGCUUAUAUAUUUCUUGAAGGAAAAGAACAUUUUUUAGCACUGUAUGAAUAAAAUUGUUACGGUAGCGUAAUAUUUCAGAAAUGUUUUCAUAAAUUAUGGCUUUUUUUUUGGGGGGGGGGAGGGUUUCCCUAUGAUGGCCAAUACGGAGCGGCUUCGCCCGAAAGGGGUAUCUUUUUCAGGCUUCAGGUAUAUGAAAGGGCUAGGGAUUUCACUAGUGGAAGUAGAUUACAAGGUAGGGAAAUCUGUCAUUUGGGGCUGUGAAAGGUCCCAAAAGGGCUAACAGAUGAAAUUAUGGCUUUAUAAAGUCGAAAAAACGUUCUAUUUUUCUGAUUGAUUCCUAUUUAAAAGACAGUGCAUUUACAGCAGUUAACAGGGAUACAAAGUUCUAAACAAGUUAUGUGAAAGGGCUACCAUUUGACAAUGGAAGGGAUAUGAAAGGGGUAACUUUUUCAAGAAAAAAAAGGGGUAUGGGGUUGGACCUCGGGGUGAAGCCUCCCCGUAUAAACAUUUGUUGAGUAACCCCCUCUCCCGGGGGUUUGAAAUGUGUGCGUUGAUCAAGAAUGAGCUUGGCUUUCCCUUAGAGGCAGAAAGGGAAGAAGACUGGGAAAACGUUGUGGGUUCAAGUGUGUUAACCUUGUUGUUGAACGCAAUCUCUGACAAGCUUAAUUUUGUGUUAGAAAUGUCAACCUUAUCAUUCAUUCCUUCAUUUAUUUGUUUUCUCCCUUAUUUAUUUUAAAUAUUGAUUAGUAUGGAUAUUUAAAAAUUUCUUGAUUUUGCUUACCUGCAGCCAGCCCCUUGCCAAAAAUGGCAUCAGCAACCAUCCGGCUAAGAAGGCGAAGACAUGCUUUAAAUGACUCUUCAACUACUGUCACCAUACAUGACGUGAGAAAAGAAAUCACAAAACAGUUUGAACAACUUAUGCCCACCAAGUACUGUAAGUCAAGUGAGAAAAUCUGUCCUGCAGGUCCCCCCGGACAUCCUGGUCCCAUUGGAGCGAGGGGUCCACGUGGCAGGAGGGGACCAAAAGGAAACAAAGGUCCUCAAGGUCCCAUGGGACCACCUGGAAAAUCCGGAAAAACAGGAAUAACUGGUCCCGCAGGACCGAGGGGAGAAAAGGGAGAUAAAGGAGAGCCUGGGCCAAAAGGCAUGCCGGGACCACCUGGAAGGCCUGGGAAAUUGAUAUCUGCUCCACAAGUGAUGUUGUCGCCGGCAGAGCAGACACGAGAUGAGAGAGGAAAUACGUCAUUUUAUUGCACGGUCGCCGGAAAUCCUUCCCCAGUCGUGGAAUGGCAAUUUAAGGGCAUAAAGCUUCUGUCCGGUGAAAAGUAUUUGAUUAAAGAAGGAGAGUUAAUCGUUAGAAAUCUGAAUUACAGCGAUGCUGGGCCGUACACAUGUGCUGCUAGGAACAUUCUUGGAUCGUCCAAGGCCACUGGUAACUUGUCUGUUCGAGGUGAGAGAAGCAUUUGAUUCUUGAGGUUCGUUGUAUAACAGGCCGUCAAAUUUUGUUUGUUAUAUCAGUAUGAUAUGUUACAUGUUCUUGCAAGGUAAUAAGGUUGCGAGAAUUGAACGGCGCAUAAACAUCUCAAGAAAACUAUACGAUGUGAAGGUACACUGCUGACAGAACAUCAUCCUCACCUGACCUUUAUUUUGACAGGCUUUCAGAAUCCGGUUAAGGCUUUAGUAGCCGUCAGACUACGACUUCUUGAAAAAACCCUUUAACAGAUUUGCCAGCCGAUAACUAAUUGGUUUCAUCGCUCCUUUUUUUCUGUUAUGCAAACGAACAUUUCUUGUGCAAAGUCUCCCGGUAAAGGAAACACCUAAUUUGUCAUUUUUCGAAGUUGUAAUCCUGCCGUUCCUCUGAGGGUACUUCUUCUAAUGUCCUGGGUAGGGAGGCUAUUUCCGAAAGGGGUACCAUUUUGAGGCUUCAGGUAUAUGGAAGGGUUGGUGUUUUACUAGUUGAAGUACUUAAUAGUGUAGAGAACUCCGUCAUUUCGGUCUGUAGGAAGAUCUAAAAGGGCUAGCGGAAGGAUUUUAUGGCUGUGAAAAAGUCGACAAAUUUUUCUGCCUUUGUGAUUUAUUCAUAUCUUAAAGACAGUGCGUUGAUCUCCCUUCAUGCAAAGUUCUAAACUACGCAUGUGAAAGGGGCAUCUUUUCUGUUGAAAAUUACAUAAUAUUAUGUUGUUGGACCUCGGGGCGGAGCCUCCAAGUAUAAAACUGUGUUGAGUACCCCCCCCCCCCCCUCCUUCCCGAUGUCGUCCAUGUAGUUUUAGUAUGUAAACCUGAUGAUUAUUUUUUCAGGUCUUCCAAUAUUCACAAACGUUCCACCUUUACUUGCUGCACCGGUACAAGGCACUACACUCCAAGUAACCUGUCAAGCUGAAGGCUAUCCUCGUCCCGUCGUAACCUGGACUAGAGCAGCAAUGCCUUUACCUGCUGGAAAAACGAAAAUAAACCAAGGCACACUUACCAUUAACAACUUGAUUCCUGCCGACAACGGUUUAUACGACUGUGUAGCUACUAAUAUCAUGGGAACAAAGAAAAGUAGAGUCAACGUGGCAGUGCAGCGUAGCUCAGCUGCAGGUUUGUCUUAGGCUGUUAGGUCCGCACAGACAUAAAUUAAACAUUUAGUAACAUAAACAUCAGGCCCCAGUUGUUCAAAAGGGAUAAAUCACUAUCCAGUGGAUAAGUAUUAGGGAAACCAAUUGCACUAUCCACUGGAUAGAGAUUUAUCCACUGGAUAGCGCUAUCCACCUUUUAGCCCAACUGGGGCCUGGUGACCUGUGUUAAAGGUCACAGAGAUCGCAAGACCAAGGGUUACUGAAUCCUGUUUAAGACUACUUUAAUAGGCUUAGCUGACUCAGACUACAGUGUAUACUUAAGUGGAAUGUAAAACAUAUUGGACCGCCGUUUAGGUAUAAAUCCUAAAAUUUGCUCUCCAGAAAAUAAAGUGACUUUUGCUAUCUAGCCUCUAGUCACUCGCAAUGUUACACUUGAUAAAGGAUUCAUUUGAUGCCGAAUUUUUAAACAGUUCUACUUGGCUCCAACAGAGUUCUUUUGUCAAAUAGCAAAAGUCGAAUUUUUUUCCCCCAGGUUUGCACGACUCCGUUAUUGUGGGAAACAACAAAAAUCACUUAACCUCGUUAAGCAACUGGCUUGUACCUAUCACAAAAAGCGUCAAUUCUCUCUGGAAGCGCUGCUGGCGUGCAUCCGUGGACGGCUGGGCUGCAAGUACAUUUCACUCACGAUGUGACAGCAAGGGCCCGACUGUAACAAUAAUAAGGGUCGGGAGAUAUAUUUUCGGAGGAUACACUAGUAUUUCAUGGGGUAAGUAAGCAUUGUAAUCCAUGAAAGUGCCAUCUAUACCUUUGGCGUAAUUGACAUUCAUAUGAUCAGCUAAAAGUGGAGCUUGGUACUUAACAGUGUGGAAUCAUGUUACUCUACCUUUCAUACAUGGUUAAGCAUUGGCGUACAAAGGUUCUAGGUUAAUAGCUCUAGAUGUGAACCCAUAUCCCCUCGUUCCUCAAGGGGCGAGGACCACCCCUCCUACACUCACAUGGUGUGAAUGAGCGCCACCCUCCACCCCACUUCUCAAGUUCUGGUUCUGGAGAUGAUAAGUGAUGUAUUUCUAGCCUGUCAAAACGUGCCCAAAUUCCAGGCUAAUACUAUUGUAAUAAUAAUUUUGAGGUUAUAAAAUAUCAGUAUUGUUCUGACUUUCUUGCCACCCUGCUAUCUUCCAUCCCUCAGUUCCCAUAUUGCAAAAGUAGCGACUAACGAACUUCACCACAGGUUUUUGGGGAAAUUCGCAAAUUUUGGCAAAGGAUUAAAAAAACACGCUCUUUUGACAUGUCCACGUACGUGAUACACCAAGACGAAGGUUCAUUUCACCGAUCAAACUUUCGUAAUUUUGCCUGAGCGAAAUGUCGCGAAGAGGAUAUUUCUCUUCGGACUCGAACGAAUUUAUUAGACUGAAAUGGGUGACAGAAAUACAUAAUGUUUUAUACCUUUUCAAGGAUAAAGGUUCCUAAAACUCUUUAUUAUCUGUUUCCUUUAUUGUCUUCUUAAUACAGUACCCUCAAAAUCGAACGAAGUAUUAAUUUGCCAAUAAAAGUGUAUUGCGACAUGCACCAGUUCAUGUAAAAAAAACGUUAAAAAAGAAGCUUCUAGCUUCGGCAAUGGCAAAAAAGACAAAAACAGAUAAAUUUGGAGAUUUGCUCCAUAAAUUUAUAAAAGAACAUACCUUAUUAAUUGCUAAUUUUUUUCCCCGAUCUAUUGCUUGUAAUUGCAAAUCUUUUAUAAAUAACAUCUCCCACAGGCCGGCACCUUAGCCUCGGUGAGCUUGCAGCCACGUAAAACUUUCUCCUGAGCGGACGAACCACGCUUGCCAUGAGUAUAGCUGUAUCUUUUACCAAAAUACCUGGACGUAAAUAAUAAUGCGAUAAAAUAAUAUUCAUACUAAUAAUAAUGAUGAUAAUGAUGAUAAUAAUAAUAAUAAUAAUAAUAAUAUAAUAAUGAUAACAAUAAUGUUGAUAAUGAUAAUGAUAAUAAUAAAGAAGACAUAGAAACUGAUUUCGUUUUUGAUAAAUGACGAACGUUACUGAGAAACUCGAUCGAAUUUGUUUUAUGAGAAUAAGGUAUUUACUGUUUUUAAUUAAUAAUAAUGAUAAUCAUCGUCAUCAUUAUGACAGGCACAAAGACAAUGUCGCUAACUUAUCUUAGAAAAGUUUUGUUUCAUUUCUUUUAGCUUCUGGUUCUGGCCGGUAUCAAUACGACUCAAAAGCCUUCUUAUUUUCGCUGGUAAACAAGCCAGGAUGGGCGCCUGUCAAAUUGUCUCAGUCAGGGCAAUAUAGUUCUUACAAACGUUCCAUAUACUUUUACUCAUCCUAUGGGCCUACAUUCGGAGACGGAUAUGACAUUAACAUCAAAAACUACGCGUCAUCUAAUAGCUAUUCUUACAGCAACCUUGGCUGGACUUACAGCCCACCGAGCGGGUACAGCCUCUCCAGCACCUUCGCACGAACAUUCUUUGCGGGAACACACAGAUUCACACCAGACGAAGUUGAAACCUUUUACGAAACAACCUAA